CAUUACAUAAAAUAUAUUUCUGCUUACGGUGCACUGCGUGCGCGACACUGUCCCUGUGACGUCAGGAUUGUUCAUGUCGGCGAACUGGCACGAGCGAGUUUGCCUCUCCUCAUACCAACCCUCCUUCAUUUUAACCAUUUUAACUCAUCAUGCAUUCGCUUGUCAGCCUUCAGCGAUUACUUCCUGCGCAUGCGCAUUUCACAGACCAGGACGCACGCGGCUUCCAGUCAUGUGACAAUAACAAAACUCUUAGUAUGGUCGGUCAGACGCUGUAAACCGUGCAACAUCGGUUGCUACUUUUUCCGGUAACUAUUUGCAAGCUUAAUAAAUGAAUAUUAAUUAAGCUGACGUCACAAGAAGAAGGUGAGUUAGUGGAAAUAAAGACCUUUCCCCAGCAUUGCUAAACUAGCGAAAUCCAAACUAUUUAGUCUGUACCUAAUGUGUGCUUUAUGCUAAAACAUGGCAACAUAGAUGUUGCACAUUAAUCUUUUUAGGAGGUUAUCCCCUCCGCUUUGCGCUCUAACUUCGGCUCACUUAACGUCGGUCUCCCCCUGGCUGCUGUCGGGGUCAAAGGUCAGCUCACAGACUGAACGGAGGGUCGUUGCCCUGGUCAGUCUGCACCGGGAUGGCUCCGCUUAAGUUCUGCGCUAACAUCUCCUGGCUGUUCACGGAGCUGCCGGACUUCAGCCAGCGGAUGUACGCGGCUGCCUCGGCGGGCUUCCGGGCGGUGGAGGCAGCCUGGCUCUACGACUCCGACCUGGAGGAGCUCCAGAGAGCCAGAGAGGCUACAGGGGUGGAGGUGAUCCUGAUCAACACCCCGCCCGGAAAUAUAAAGGGAGGAGAUCUUGGUCUGGGAGCAGUUCCUGGAAGAGAGGCAGAGUUCAGACAGGGUCUGGAUCUGGCUUUGAAGUAUGCACGAGCUUUGGACUGCAAAAGGAUCCACCUGAUGGCAGGGAGGGUUCCCGAGGGCUCACACAGAAUGGCGGUUGCCAAGGAGAUGGAGGCCAUCUUUGUGCAGAACCUAAACUAUGCUGCUGAUAUCCUCUCAAAGGAAGGAAUCACUGGUUUGAUUGAACCAAUCAACACGAGGGUAACAGAUCCCAGAUACUUCCUGGACUCUCCUCAUCAGGCAGCCGCAAUACUGGAGAAGGUUGGAAAGCCAAACAUCAAGCUACAAAUGGACGUCUUUCACUGGCAGAUAAUGGAUGGAAACCUGACACAGAACAUACACAAGUAUUUCCCCAUAAUUGGUCAUGUUCAGAUUGCUCAGGUUCCAGGCAGGAAUGAGCCCGACAGUGCUGGAGAGCUCAACUACAGCUACCUGUUCAACACGCUGGAGAACCUCCACUACCAGGGAUACAUCGGCUGUGAAUACAAGCCCCUGGGCUCCACAGAGGAGGGUUUGGGUUGGAUCAAAGAUUACUGCAAACACGGCGAGUGAUGAGCAGGUGACCCAUCACAAAGCUGUUUGUUUAAAGAGGUCUGCUAAAUGACGGCCGUCUUAUGUGUUUACGUCUUCUACCAGGAGUUAAUCUUUUUAUCUUUUUCCUUUGAACAGUUUGCUAUGGCCAUACACAUACAGUAGUAUUUUCAUCUAAGUAUUUACUAUACUAUGAAGUAGUAUCCUGUAUAUUUUACUGUUUAAAUGACAAUUUCCCAUCUAAAUGUUGUGAUUAAAUGAUCAGAAGUUCUAUUGAUUGUUAAUAUCAGACACUUUUUUGAUUUCUUUCUCUUAUAGUUUCCCCAACUAACAUCAAAUCUGUUUGUAAGUGUCCUGAUUUAAUUUUUAUUGUAACGAACAAUUGUACCAUGUAUAGCUGGGCGUUUCACUUUGAAAAAUAAAUUGUGAUUCUA